CCGGAGACUCUUUCUGUAUCUUCAGAGGAGCCUGUCAGCUGUAUGCAGUCGUCUGGGAGCCCACCGCGACUUACACACGGGCUGCCACCCAAAAUACGGAGUCAUGGCGCCCUUGUCUUUGCCACUAUCGUCUCUCAAGGACUGUUUGCAGAAGGCAAACCUUUUUUCUAAUGUGUUACAGCGUGUACACCACCGGCCGGUCAGGUCUCGCUUAUGGAAGCGGGAUUUCGGUGCAGUAGCACAUGGUGUCGGUCAACUACUGCCACACCAACCCAGAGCCAAAAACUACGCAGCAUGUGUUCACAGCAGCUCUUCAGACGGCCAGGACAUGGCAGAGAGGCUGUGGUCUGUUUACAAUGAGACCAAAAGGCAGACUGAAGAUUUGAUCCCGGUCAUAUCCACCAACUCAGUCAACCCUGACACCAUUUUUGCCAACAAUGAGAUGAGCCUGCGAGACACAGAGAUCUAUGGCUUCGACUAUGACUACACCCUGGCUUUCUACUCCAGACACCUCCACACCCUCAUCUUCAACAUAGCAAGGGACAUCCUCAUCACUAACCACAGGUAUCCAGAGGGUCUGCGGAAGUACGAGUAUAUUCCUAAUUUUGCAGUAAGAGGACUUCACUAUGAUGUUCAGAAGGCACUGCUGAUGAAGAUCGAUGCAUUUCACUACAUCCAGUUGGGAACUGUCUACAGGGGUUUACAUCCAGUUCCUGAUGAGGAAGUAAUUGCUAUGUAUGAAGGUUGCCACGUACCUCUAGAGAUCAUGAGCGACUUCUAUGGCAAGAGCUCCCACGGCCACACCAUGAAACAGUUCAUGGACAUAUUCUCCCUGCCUGAGAUGACCCUCCUGUGCUGUGUCAAUGACUUUUUCAUGAAGCACAAUAUCGACUAUGAGCCUGUCCAUCUCUACAAAGACGUAAAGGAAGCCAUUAGAGAUGUUCACGUCAAGGGCAUUAUGUACCGAGCUGUGGAGGCAGAUAUUGAGAAAUACAUUUGCUAUGGUGAGCAAAGCCAAGCUGUGCUGAAGAAGCUGUCAGAGCAUGGGAAAAAGAUGUUCCUCAUUACCAAUAGCCCAUUUGACUUUGUGGACCGAGGAAUGAACUACAUUGUAGGGAAGGACUGGAGGGACCUGUUUGAUGUUGUGAUUGUUCAGGCCGACAAACCAGGUUUCUUCAAUGACAGGAGAAAACCUUUCAGGCGAGUGACAGACAAAGGUGCAUUGCUGUGGGACAGGAUUCACAGGUUGGAAAAAGGGCAGAUCUACAAACAGGGAAACCUUUAUGAGUUCCUGAGACUCACCGGCUGGACAGGAUCCAAAGUGCUCUACUUUGGUGAUCACAUAUACAGUGACUUGGCAGAUCUGACUCUGAAACAUGGCUGGAGGACGGGUGCCAUCAUCCCUGAGCUGAGGAAGGAGAUCAAGAUCAUGAACACGGAGCAGUACAUGCACAUGAUGGCCUGGUUACAGGCUCUGACUGGACUUAUCGAACAGAUGCAGGUACACAGGGAUCCAGCAUCUCAAGCUGUCGUUGAGGAGUGGAUCAGAGAAAGAGAAGCCAUGAGGUCACAGACGAAGGAUAUCUUCAAUAGCCAGUUCGGGAGUCUCUUCCGGACAUACCACAACCCCACCUACUUCUCACGACGACUCUCGCGAUUUGCAGACAUCUAUAUGGCCUCCAUUAGCUGCCUGCUCAACUAUGACUUCCAGCACACCUUUUUCCCUCGCCGUACUCCCCUUCAGCACGAGGCCCCCUUCUGGCCUGAACACAGUCCUACUGGUAGCAGCCUCUCCCCACAGCUCCAUGGGACCAAAGCAGAGUCCGAUUAGAGAGAGCGUGAGGAAGACAGCAUUCAAACAUUAAGACUCUUGAAUGAUUGAUUGAAUGAUCUCCAGUUCUGACUUGAACUUUACUUUUUUUUUCUUCAAGUUUUGAGACAUGACAUUUUAGAAGAUGCAUGACACAUUUAAGAUAUGUUUUAUUGGUCUAUUAUGUAAAGAAUUGAUGUUUAUUAAGCUUUAAGGUAGUUAGUUACAUAUUUCCUAUAAAAGAAUUCAGUCUUCGAGAUGAAGAGUGGGUUUAGUGCUUUUGAAGCCAAAUGACACGACAGGAUGAGCAAUUAGACAUUUUUAUUUGAAUCGCUGACACCUUGUGUUUUAUAUUUUUAUCACACAGAAUUUGGAACAUUGAAUGCACUGUUUUAGACCUGCAUGUGUGUGUGUGUGUGAGAGAUAGAGGGGUAGUGAGAAAUUAUUUAAUGAUGAUGCAUUUACACAGUCUGAAAAAUAGGGGCCAGUCACACAUCACGUCUACCAUGGAUCCCAGUAGAUUGAAUUGAGCACCUAAAGAUGAUCUGUUUUUUAUCCUUUGCAACUAUAAGAGACAGAGAAGAGUCAGUGAAAUGGGAAUACAUUACAAACUUUGUUGCCUUAAUUGAUUGAGCCCAUUACUGCUAUGUAUAUAUUUUUGUAAUAGCCUGAGAUAAUUUAUUGUAUUCAAGCUUUUCAAAUUUUGCCAGCCAGCAUCCCUUCAUUUUGAACUGCACAUUAUGAUAUGCAUUGCACAAUUAUGCUCUGAGAUCUUUGUAUUUAAUUGUGUAAACAGCUCCACACAACAUAGCCUGUAUGUCUCACUUUAGCAUGUGAGAAAUGUUAAUAUUUGUCAGGAAAAAUAGAGCAUCAUUGCCGAAUUUAGCAUGAGUGUUGCUAUUUAUUCCAUGAAGGCAGCAUUGGGUUUCACGUGUUUUUUUUAAUUAUUUGCUAAAAAAGGGAUUUCUUAAAUGUCAGCGGCAGCAACCAAGACCUCCAUGCUUUAUUUGUGUUUCUUUAAUUUAAAUAUGUAUUGAUGAAGUGUGUUUUUAUUUCACUAUUUAUUAAAGAGGAAAUGGCUUAAU